CGCCUGUGUGUACGUGCCAAUAAACGCGUUUCGGUGUGUUAUAUGCGCGCACAGUCGAAUGAUGCUGCAUCUUCAACUCAGCUUCAUCACAGGAAAGCUCAUAGCAGCUGAAAGAUGUCUGGUGGAUUUCUACAAAUGCUUAAGAAGAGGAAGGAGUUGAUUCCUUUGAUUGGGUUUGUUGGUUGUGCUGCAUUUGGAGCAGCAACAGCCUCAAUUUACUUUUUAUUCACCAAACCUGAUGUCAUUUUAAACAAGACCAGAAACCCAGAGCCCUGGGAGAGGCUCGACCCGUCAAAACCACAGAAGCUUAUAACUAUUAACCAGGAGUGGAAACCAGUGGAGGAACUUGAGCUAGUGAAAAAACUGACAAAAUGACACCAUCUCUUCCUCUGAAUGUUCAUGCUGAUUAAAUCAGGGUCUCAGUUCUUUUAUGAAAGAACUAUCAAACUGAAUAUAUCUGUGAAUGUAUCCAUGUAUUUUUGCAUAUAGUUUCUACACUGUUAAAGAACAGCUAAUGAGUGUCGCACUGAUAACCUGUAUUGUUGCUGUUACUGUCAAAAUCAACUGUCCUGUUGUUACUGAAAUCACCUGUUCACUGGACUAAGACCUGCAAAUUCAUAAAACAAAAGGUGUUUAAUAAAAAUUAAAUUGUGUUGA